AUGAGAGUACUUGUUGCUCGAUGCCAAGCCAAUCAAGACACCGAGGGAGAAGAUUCUCUCAGUGGACCAGCUCAAAAGCAACGAAUUCAGUUCUUGGAGAACAAUUUGGACAAGUUGACGAAGGUUCACAAGCAGCUUGUUCGCGACAAUGCCGAUUUGCGCGUUGAACUGCCAAAGAUGGAAGCUCGUCUUCGUGGUCGUGAAGAUCGCAUCAAAAUAUUAGAAACUGCUCUUCGUGAUUCGAAGCAACGUAGUCAAGCAGAACGAAAGAAGUAUCAACAAGAAGUUGAACGAAUCAAGGAAGCUGUUCGACAACGUAACAUGCGACGAAUGAAUGCUCCACAAAUUGUGAAGCCAAUCCGUCCAGGACAAGUGUAUACGUCUCCGUCAGCAGGAAUGUCACAAGGAGCUCCAAAUGGCUCAAACGGUGUGUUUAGUCAGACAUCUACACCUUCAACAUCUCGCAAUCAGAUACCAUCAAAAAUGACUAUUUCACAGUUGAUUGCAGAAAUUUAA